AUGUCUGCGGCAUAUUCUGAAAUUAUGUGGUUACGUGGUAUUCUUUCAGAACUUGGCUUUGCACAAACACAUGCCAUGCCUUUUCAUGGUGAUAAUACAAGUGUCAUUCAAAUUGCAGCCAACCCAGUUUUCCAUGAACAAACAAAGCACGUCAAAGUUAAUUGUCACUAUAUUCGAGAUGCCUAUGAGUCUAAAGAUAUCAUUCUCCCUCAUGUGUCCAGUGAACACCAAGUGGUUGAUAUCUUCACCAAAUUACAGAAGGAUAGUGGGAUAUCAGUUACGCAAUCUGUGGAAGAUGACAGUUAUAACGGUCGUUUGAAUUUUGGAAGGGUGAAUAUAAAUGAAAUGGGCAACGGGUUGGUGCAACAUCCACAUGGGCAAGCCCAUAUGGAUGUUUCAGCCCAUAAACUCUCACAGUUGCCAUCAAAGAAUUCCUCUUGUAAUACCUGGAAGAAGCAUGCACGUAAUCAGUUAAUAGUAGAAAUGUUCAACAAGGAAGAGGCAAUGCAGAUAUGUAAUAUUCCUAUUAGCUUCCUUGGAGGACUCGACGAGAGUUAUUGGGGUUACACUAGUGAUAAGACUUUUAGUGCAAGGAGUGCUUGCUACUCUUGUGUUUGGUAA